AGACCCCUGAACUUUAGGAGUGGCCCCUAGGAUGGCAGAGGCAGAAUGGAUGGGCUGAAAUUGAGGCAUUCAAUAGAGUGGGGGAAAUUUCUACUGAAGUUCUUCAAGUGGGGAAGCACCUUUAUCAGUCUAUUGGGACAACCUCUUAAUGACUUGGGCCAUGUAUGUCCCUUCUCUGCCUCCCUUUGUGUUGUUGAUACGAGGUCAGAUGACUAAUAUAGGAAGCAUAAGCGUGGAGGUGUCUCCUAGUAACUGUCCUUUCCCUGCUUCUUAACCUAAAGUAGUCAAGUCCCUGACCUGGUCAUAAAAUGCAAUUUGUCUGAGUCUACAAACAGCAGGGGCUGGAAGCAGUAGUGUGUGGGAGGCAGAGAUACUCCCUGCUUAUGUAUAUAUGCAUAUAUAAAUACACACACAUAUACACACAACCACAUAUAUAUGUAUAUAUUCAGUGUAGGAAGAGAGAUUUCCAUCAAUUUAUUAAACAAGUGUUGAAGCAAGCUGGGGAUUGAGUACAGGAGUGAGCAAAAAGUCCUCACCUUGGGCAAGUUUGUGUAAAACAAUAUGAAUGCAAAAUUCAAGGAAUAACCUUAACAGCUUAGAGCCAUAAAACCAGCCCAGGUCCUAGCAUAGGCCAAGUCCAGCUGUACCUCCUCCACUCCGCUAGGAGGCAGUGCGGCCACACACCGCUCUCCCGAUAGGCUUCGCGCGGGCGCGCAUGUUUAAGUGGACGGAAGUGCCGGUGCGCAAGGUAGGUCAGCAGGCGGAAGUGGUUCGUACGCCGGUAGCCGCCAUGCCGGGAGACCACCGGCGCAUCCGCGGGCCGGAGGAGUCCCAGCCGCCGCAGCUGUAUGCGGCCGACGAAGACGAGACGCCUGCUGCCCGCGACCCGACGCGGCUACGACCGGUGUACGCGCGCGCCGGGCUGCUGAGCCAGGCCAAGGGCUCGGCCUACCUGGAGGCGGGAGGCACCAAGGUGCUGUGCGCCGUGUCGGGCCCGCGCCAGGCCGAGGGCGGCGAGCGCGGCGGCGGCCCUGCGGGAGCGGGCGGCGAGGCCCCGGCCGCCCUCCGGGGCCGCCUGCUCUGUGACUUCCGCCGCGCGCCCUUCGCCGGUCGCCGGCGUCGCGCGCCCCAGGGCGGCGGCGAGGAGCGCGAGCUGGGUCUGGCGCUGCAGGAGGCUCUGGAGCCGGCGGUGCGCCUGGGGCGCUACCCUCGCGCCCAACUCGAGGUGUCGGCGCUGCUGCUGGAGGACGGCGGCUCUGCGCUGGCCGCGGCGCUCACGGCCGCCGCGCUCGCCCUGGCCGACGCGGGAGUGGAGAUGUAUGAUCUGGUAGUGGGCUGCGGCCUGAGCCUCGCCCCGGGACCCUCGCCCACCUGGCUGCUGGACCCCACGCGGCUGGAGGAGGAGCACUCUGCAGCCGGCCUCACGGUGGCGCUCAUGCCGGUGCUCAAUCAGGUGGCCGGGUUGCUGGGCAGCGGGGAAGGCGGCCAGACUGAGAGUUGGACGGAUGCGGUGCGCCUGGGCCUGGAAGGCUGCCAGCGCCUCUACCCAGUGCUGCAGCAAUGCUUGGUGCGGGCUGCCCGCCAGAGGGGCGCCGCCGCCCCGUCCUGAUUGGAAAACCUGAGCAACCACGAUGCGGAAGACUACUGUCGUCCUUCUCUCCCAGUCGGACCGGAGCUCUUGCUCGCCUGGCUUAGCUGAGCCGAGAAACGAGAGUGGGAGGUAGCGCGCACAGAACCAAAGCGCUGGACAGCUGUGUUGGGACGAUUUAAAGGGCCUUUGCAGCCACCAUCCAGUUGGAAAAUUUUGAAAGCCUUACUCGCAAGUUGGAAAGGACUUAAGCUGGAUUACCUGGUAAAUGAGACCUGGAGCUGUGGUCUUCUAAGGGAUGGACCCUGUGCAGGCCAGCCGUUGGCUCCAAUGUAUGAUAAACUGCUUCUUUUGAGAGGAUGGGCAAGGGGACUUUGCUUUCUCACUACCCGAACUAAAACAUAAAAACCUUUUUUAUACCCGAAAAUA